AGUGCAUUAGUAUUGCCGAACAUUCGCGUUUUUUCUCUUUUUAGUAUUACAUCAGUCGUUUGAUUGCUUUCAGAGUCACUUUUGAGCAAAACAAAACAACGCUCCAAGAAAGAAAAUGAAUAGACACAGGGACAUUGGUCGCCAUUAUCCUAGCGGUAGCCAAAAACGUGCUUUGCAAUCUAAGAGACAGGAAUCAGCGAAAAAACAACGUGGAGCGAUCGACAGGUACCUUGUCCAAGCGUCGGCUUCUGAACCGCAGCAAGUUGUUGAACAGUUGCAAACACAAAACUAUGAAAUUAAUCAAGAGAAUGUGUUACAGACACAUGCUCCACCUCCACCUGCACUAGUCACCGCGUCCGAUGAAUUGGUUGAUCGUCUCGAUGGUGGAAAAUCUGACCAUAGGCCUUCUAGUGAGACCAUUCAAAACUGUAGUGAAUGUAAUGACAAUUCGUCUGACCAAGAUGAUCUAAUUCUAAAGGACGUAAAUAUGACUAUAAGUGACAGUGAUGUCCAUGAUGGUGGACAACACCAAUACUUUCUUGUGAAUUUCGAGGAUCCUGCAUUUUGGCCCGACUGCCUAAGCACUUCUGAUCGAGACUUCUUGGUAAUGAAAGGUGCUAAACAAAUUGAAGAUAUGGAAUUUCCGAGAGACUGUGAAACAAAACGCAGAUUUUCAAUUAACUACCUGAAGAGAUGCUUACCAAAUGGACAAAUUGGGAAGCGUCAAUGGCUGGUGUACUCCAAAUCGAAGGACUGCGUCUUUUGUUUCUGCUGCAAACUGUUUGCAAACGCGAAUUGCGCUUUAGCGUCUGAUGGAUUCCGUGAUUGGAAAAAUGCAAGCGUUCGUCUUUCUGAGCAUGAAAGAUCAGAAUCUCACAUGACAGCAAUUAAAGAGUGGCUGGAACUUGAAUUACGACUGGAUAAGAAAUGCACAGUGGACAAAAUUAACCAGCAAAUAAUUAACGAAGAGAGGUCUCGAUGGCGAAGCGUUUUUGAACGUCUGCUUGCUAUUGUGCAGUUCCUAGCAGAACACAACAUGGCACUCCGUGGAUCAGUCGACAAACUGUAUGAGCCACACAAUGGUAACUUUCUUGGGCUAGUUCAACUGAUUGCUCGAUUUGAUCCGAUCAUGCAAGAGCACUUGAGAAGGGUAAUGACCGGUGAAAUUCAUGAUCACUACUUGGGAAAUCGAAUUCAGAAUGAACUGAUUUCUCUCAUGGGAAACAAGGUGCAAUCGACUAUCAUCAAGAGAAUAAAAUCUGCAAAGUACUUUAGUGUGAUACUAGACUGCACACCUGACAUCAGCCACGAGGAGCAAAUGUCGUUAACAAUACGGUACGUUUCAGACGGUUCCGUCGAUGACGUUCCUCCAGGAGUCUAUGAACAUUUCAUUUAUUUCAUUGUUGUUUCUGAAAGUACGGGAGAGAAUCUGACUAAUGUCCUUCUAGAAGAGCUCGAAAAACUGGGGCUAGAUUUUGCUGAUAUACGUGGCCAAGGUUACGACAACGGCGCCAACAUGAAAGGAGAAAAGUCUGGAGUCCAAGCGCGUCUUAGGGAAAUAAAUCCACGCGCCUUAUUUUCCCCCUGUGCAUGUCACAGUUACAACCUCCUGCUUGGUGAUAUGGCCAAAUGUUGCCCAGAAGGUAUGACAUUUUUCGGCAUCCUGCAACGAUUGUACCUUCUCUUCUCUGGAUCUGGGAAAAGGUGGAAAAUCUUGCGUCAGUUUGUGACAGACCUGACUCCCAAACCUUUAUGUGAAACACGAUGGGAGUGUCGUGUAGACAGCGUGAAAGCUGUGAGGUAUCAGGCUGGAAACUUUUAUGACGCAUUGGUCAAACUGUCGGAGGAAACGAACGAUCCCAAAACUCGAAGUGAAACUGAAUCACUGGCUAACGAACUGAAGAAUUUCAAAUUCCUUGUUUCCUUGUGCUUCUGGUAUGACUUGUUGUUUCGAAUAAACACGGUCAGUAAAGAACUUCAAGGUCUGACUGCGGAUUUUUCAGAUGCACUAAAUGGCUUGGAGGGCAUUUGCACAUGGCUGACAGAUUAUCGUCAAAAUGGAUUUUCAAGCUCUCUGAUUAAUGCAAGAGAAAUUGCAGAGGAUUUGGAUACAGAACCAGUUUUUAAAGCUACACGAAUUAGAAAGAGAAGGAGAAUGUUUGAUUACGAACAAUACGAAGGAGAAGAUGUAGGAGGAAGAAACGCCCAGGAGGAUUUCCGCAUCAACUGCUUCAACAUGAUAGUGGAUACAGCAAUUGCGUCUCUUCAAAGAAGAUUUGAACAAUUAAGGAAUCAUAAUCAAAUUUUUGGAUUUAUCUACAACUUCAAGGAGUUGCCAAAGUCGGUGCUGAAGUCAUGUGGGAAGAAUUUGGAAGAUGUGUUAACACAUGGAGAAAGCCGAGAUGUCGAUGGAUACAUGCUUGCCGAGGAAAUGGACGUAUUGAAGUAUGUUUUUCCAGAUUCUGUGCAUGGAGACCUUCGUAAGAUGUUGACUUUCCUCUCCAUUAAAGGACGAUCAUUCGAUUUUCCGAAUUUAUGGAUUGCCUUAAGAAUUGCCCUCACAAUACCUGUGACAGUAGCUUCCGGAGAACGAAGUUUCUCGAAGCUGAAAUUAAUUAAAACUUACCUGCGGUCAACGAUGUGCCAAGAUCGGCUGAGGAACAUGGCCUGUGGCCAUACUCUCCAUCGAGAACAGUGUUUCUCGGGAAUUAGAUUUCAGUGAACUGAUUGAUGAUUUUGCUUCAAUGAAGGCCAGGAAAGUUCACUUGUAAAUAUUUUUUAGUGUUGAAAACUUACAUGUUAUAUUAUGCCGUAUGUUUACGUGUUGCUAUGUUAUUUGGUUACUAAAUCUGAAUGUCUUUCGCAUGUACGUGUGUCGGUGUGUGUGUUGUGUGUUACUUAAUGGCGGAUGCAAACCCAUCAACUCAACCUCAACUACGACUGCAGACUGUAGGGUUCCCUUCGUUGUAACCUAUUGACGAACGUUACAAAUAAAUUAAUCGUAGGCUUAUGUUGUAAUGUGUAUGCAGCGUGCUGUCAAUGAUAAAAGACGAGAUAUCCCUGAGGAAAAAAAUGACUUUAGA